AUGGCCAACAAAUCGUCGAGCGAUUUUGAUCUUCGACGGAAAUUAGCAGCUGGUUUAAUGCAUUCGAAAAGUCCUCCAGCAACGCCAAGCUCACCGAAGACACCGAAUUCCUCGUCUUCCUGUCAUGAACAGCCGCUAUUCGAUGCAAUUGGUGAAAGGCCGAUGGUAAAACGUCACAAGCACCUUGAACAAAUUGGCAAAACGAAAUCAUGUAGUGAUAUAAAACACAUGGAAAGGCGCUUAAUGAGAACAUAUCAGGAGGAGAACAUCAUAAAAAUGCCGAGGUGGGAACUUUGGAGCUUGAACUCUUUAAGAUCACAGUCGGAUGGGGGUCAGUUAGAGGGUAAGUAA